UCCAUUCCUGCCCGACGACGUGAGCAGUGUUGACAGUCGUGUGAUAUACUUCGAGUGCCGUGAGUGUGACGAAGUGGCUCGUGAAGGGCCAGAGAGGGACGCCGGGCAGCAUCACAAGCACGGCUGCAGCAGAUUCACACCGCCACAGCAGCAUCAGCAUCAGCAACAGCCGGCACAGGAGACCCUAGCAACACAAGCUGGCGAGUCAAUGGUGAGAGCAGGCACAACCACAAACACAAGCACCACGCGGUUGACUCAUUGCUUGUCUUGCUGCUUGCUUCCUUCGUUCACUCAGCCUCCCCCGCAGCACCUCAUCGCCGACCUAGAUCACAAGCAGGUGCGGUCCUUCUCAGUCGCCGUCCGCCUCUCACCCAACUUCCCGCAGGAGCUGGAGGGCACAGGUGUGCCUGCCGUGCUGCUCGUCGAGCCUCACGACCCCUCCGCGCCCAUCUACAUCGCCGAGGGGUUCGACUACCUGUCGUUCCUGCGCCAGCGCCGCAACCAGAACGACCUCCACCCCAACCUAUCCGACAACGACAUAGAGAGCAUGCGCGGCGACAGCCCCCAUCUGACCACCUACGCCUUCUUCGCCGGCAAGGACCUCGACGCCGUCUCGGGCAGCUCCAGGACGCGGCUCGUGCAGCCGGCCACGGCGAGGCUGUGGGUCAAGGGGCGGGACUGCACCACAGUGGCUGAGGAGCGGUCCUACUUGUUUCUUCACUGCGGUCUGGACAGCCCUGGCGAGGUGAUGGUGGCCAAGUACUGCGGCCUGUGUCGGGGGACGGCGGUGCAGUUCGAGCCGGUGGACCACAAGAUGACAUGCCCGCUGCGGACGGUGUGGGGUGGGCUCAUGGACGCUGCGGUGAGUGAGGCUGGCCGGCUGGCUGGCUAGGAGGGGGGAGGGCGGGGGUACAUUCAAAAAGAGGGAGUAAGUGUGUGGUUUGUUGGUGGUUCUGCAGGCUGCUGGUGCGGUGCCCUUCAUACCCAUGGUUGGCGUCGGCGGCCUCACGAACGGCCUGCAGGAACCGAAGCAGCAGCAGCAGCAGGAGGCAUCGCAGCAGCUAGCGAAUGGACAGCGCCCUGGACUCAUGGUGAGACCAACAGACAGACUACACCGCAACCACACCCAUUCCAUGGCCGCCGUGGUUGCUGCAUUCAGGUUCCCCUCCCUCGAAGCCUUGCUCCUCCCAUGACACGCAUCAACGACUCCUUCUCGGCCGCGCCCACCCCGCUGUUCCUCCUCGCCCGUGACGGCGGCCCCAUCACUGCCGAGCAGCUCAAGGACCUCGGCGCGCAGCAGAUGACCAUCGCAUGCACCGACCUCGAGUGGACGCCUCUUCAGAUGGCAUCACACAUGGGCCACAUCGACGUUGUCCAGGCACUCCUCAGCCACCCCCUCGCCCCAGCCCUCAUUAACAAGGCCAUCGACCACCAGACCCCCCUGGUGCUCGCCGCGACAGCCAACCAUGACGAUGUGGUGCAGUGCCUGCUGGAGGCUGGCGCGGACCCCACCACACGGACAGAAGACCAGCGCGGUGACACCCUCGUGCACCUCUGUGCGCGGAAGGGAUGCACAGAGGCCCUGUGGAAGCUCGGCGACUUCGAUCGCAGUCUGCUGUCGCUGCCCAACCGGUGCGGGGAGACCCCUCUGAGCGCAGCCGUCAAGGCCGACGAGUCGGGUGCGGUGACCUGCCUCCUCGACAUGGGCGUCGACUUCAAGAUGGUGACGAGCCACCUGCCCACCCAGCCAGACCACAAGAGGCGGCAAGCCAUUCCUCAGGGAGGAGCGGUGGUGCCAUGGGCGGCGGAGGGGUCCAUCGGGUCGGCAACAGCAGCAGGAAGAGAGGGCUCGUGUGACAGUGGUGGUGCAGAAGCUGAGGGUGUGAUGGCUCGUGUCAAGAAGGAGGAGGAGGAGCUGGGUAUUGGGGCGCUGGCCCAACCACUGGUUCCUAUGCCAUUAGCGACCGAAGCACUUCCCCAAUCACCACUCGAAUCACCGGUAAGGGCAGGGCAUGCACAUCGGACAGCCAGACUGCGCAAUCACCCCAUCCAUCCAUCCAUCCAUGUCUCCUUGUCCGUCAGCAGGGAGGCCCGUUUGACGUGUUUCGCGGCACUGGCGCCCGCUACUCAUUCGGCUUCCUGCUCGACCGCUACCCAGCCCACCGUUCGUCCCUGCCCUUCGUGAAGCUGCUGAGCUUCUUCCUGGAGAACCGCACCUACAACAACCGCAACGAGGCCCGAUACGACUUCCUGCGCAUCACACGCGGCGACCUGAACUGCGUCAACCUCAAGAACGCGAUAGCCAAGAUGGUGGUGGACGGCCAGCCGGCCGACUACUUCGUCACCUGCGACCCGGGCAAAGGCUACCGAGGUGGGGGAGACAGCGCCAGGGAGAGGAGGGACAAGAUACCUGAGGAAAUCCAACACGUAAGCAAGCAAGGACAUCCAUCCGGCCAUCCAUCCAUCCAUCCAUCCAUCCAUCCGGCCAUUCAUUCAACUCUCUGCCUGCUUCAGGUUCGUUUCAACACGUCCUAUGUGGUUAUCGAUCGCAAUACGGGUGGCGAGUUGCGUCGGUGCAAGUCGCGGAAGAGCUCCAAGGACACACUCACUUCUGUCGACAACUUCCUGGCCAGCCUUUACCGUGAGCAAGACGCUGGCUACCGCCCGAGGGCUGCCGUACUGGUCAUCAAGAGUAUACAGGCCCAGGCUCAACGCAACUACCGAACCGCCGAUCUCUCGUAAGCUAACUGACUGACAGGAGCUCACAGGGGGAGACUGCCAUGCGACGCCUUUGUGCAUGUCAUGUGUGUCCUCCCUCAGUUGGCGGAAGGAUAGCGGCAUUCAGGACCUAUGCGUUGCGUUCGGUGAAGACAUCACGCACGAGGUGAGACUGACUGACUGACAACCCAUCAGACACACAGAGAGCAUAUCAUGGCUGUAUCCGUCGGUCACGCCUACACAUCACAUCCUCUAAUACUGCUGUUCAGUUCGCUGACGUCAUCUCACAGCUCGAGAGUGCCCCUGCCGACCAGCCACCUGCAGCAGCUGAUGUGUCUGAGACGGCAGCCGCCCCUGCAGCAGCCGCAGCAGCAGCAGCAGCCGCCAUGCCCUCCCAGGCUGCAUCCGCCAGAGAGAACAGCGCCAGCAUGACGUUGGCACCCUGCAUCAAGGGCAACCCCCCGCCAGAUCUGCUGGUGGCCCGUCUGCUGCUGUUCCAGGAUGCCUCCCCUUGGUCCAACACCGACCCGUACAAGGUGGUGCGGCGAGUGGUGAGCCUGGGCGGCCCGGAGGAGGACUGCGCGGCACACAUGAAGGUGGAGCUGGCGGAGCAGCAGCUGACGUCGCCGUCAUUCACCAUCGAGGGCUUCAUCUACGACGACUUCAUCAAGCGUCAGGCUGCCGAGGGGCGCCUUCUCAACUGGAGCAGCGACGCGGCCGUGACAGGUUCGGCGGACGGCGUGGUGGUGGUCUUCUUUGUUGGCUUCACUCUCGACCCCACGGCCCACCCGAAGAGCGCUCAGCUGGUGUCACAGGGCAGGUUCCGCGUGUGGAAGUCUCCGGGGCAGCAGGAGGGGCGUGGCAGACAGCGGGGCACGAGCACGGACAUGGUGGGCGACCGGCCGUUCCUGUACUGCGGCAUGGACGCUAACCGCGAGGUGGUGCUCUAUCGCAUUUGUCCGCAGUGCCAGCAGUUCGUCCGUGGCCUGCACCACCGCAUUCGCCAUUGGCCCACAUGCCCGGCAUACGAAGCACAUCCCGACGAGGUGACUGACCGACCAGCUGACAGGAACGUCGAGAGCCGUGUAUUGAUUGCAUCGGUAUGCAUGUUUGCCUCGUGUGUGUCUCCAUGUGUCUGUGCAGUCUGACCAGGAGCAUCCUGCCAUGGCUGGCCCCCUGCUGCCACCCGACGCUCCACUGGUGAGCAACAAAGGGCACGCCUCGAGAUGGAUAUCACCUGCCACGAGUGCACUGGUCCCAUCCAUCCGUCCAUCCAUAUAUGUGUGUGUGUGUGUGUGUGUCUCUGUGUGUCUUUGUGUGUGUGUGCUUCAGCCGCUGCCUGCCCCAGUGUCUGAGCGGCGGCCCCUCAGCUACCCACCCGGCAUCCAGCGUGCGCGUGGCCGCAAGAAGGUCGUCAAGGAGGAGGUCAACAGCGACGUCACGCCCCCUCAUGAGACGGGUGCCGCUGACGAGGAGUGCCCUGCCGUCGACAUAGACUUGCAGCAGCGGCAGCAGCCCGACAGAGUGGCCCCCAAGAGGCGAGCCAAGCGAGCGGCGAGCAAGGCGGCAGCAGCAGCAGCAGCAGCAGCAGAUGACACACUAGACGACGGCGACGAUGACCAACAUCAGCCGGACGCCGGCCAGACAGACAUUGAGCCAGCAAAGAAAAGGAAGACCCCCAAGAAGACCGCUGCUGCCAGUAGAACACAAGACAAGGAGGACGAGCCACGCCAGGCACGCGGCAAGCGCAAGCCGACCGACACGCCGACAGCCAGCCAGAGGAAGCGCAAGGCGGCCAAGAAGCAGCCGAUGGAGAGCGCGUCGGUGUUCGGUAUUUCCCUGGCUGAGCUGCUCAAGGAUGGGGGGCAUGGGGCGCUCCUGACGGGCAGCGACAUCCCCACCGAGUACGGCGGCGGGUCGGCCGAUCUGCAGCCCGAUGCCCUGCUGUCUCUGGAGAUCGCUCAACAGCAACAAGGAGGCGGUGAGGGAGAGGUCCCACAGCAAUCAAUGGCGACGGUCUACCGCAUAGAGGGCUUUUGCCUGCCUGACGACGAGGGCGGCAAGCAGAGGCCAGCCACGCAGCAACAGCAGGCGUCUUCUGCCGGUUCAGGCCCCCUCCUCUCCUUCGCCUUCCACCUCGGCACAUCGCGAAUAGACAGCAAUGGUGCCAAUGCGGCAAUGGCAAUGGCGGCCGGCCAGCCGACUGCGCGUGUCUGGCGUCUGGAGGGGGAGGGCGGCCAACCAGCGGUCGACAGCUACCCAUUCGACUCAGACGCGGUCAACGUGGUGGUGGUGGAUCUGUGCACUCACUGCGGUGCGUACGGCCAGCGGUCGGACAGCAGGGGCGACGGCAUAGAGCACAACGAGGCGUGCCCCGUGCCAGCCAUGCAGGAGGUUAGUUCAUCUGCCGGUGUGGGUGUGGCUUCGCGUGUCAAAGGGGGACGGCCCAAGAAGACUGCGAGCGGCUUGUCAAACACGAAGAGCAAGAGGGGCAGCAGUAGGAGUGCCGCUGGUGGUGGUGGCGGUGGUGGUGGUGUGGGUGGUGCUGCUGGUGGUGGCGCGUGCGAGCACAUCGCCGACCUGUGAACACAUACACACACGUGACGUAUGUAUAGACAGACAAACACAUUUCACACAUUGAUGCACACACACACACACACACAGGCAGACAUAGAUUGCCUGCCCUGUGCAUGGCAUGCAGUAUAGAGAGCAUUGAACAGACUCCUUUUCAUUCAAACAGACUCGAGAAUGGCCAGGAAGUGAAUGAAUGAAUGAAUGAGUCAACGAAUGAUUGAACGACUCGACUGA